GAGGGCACGCAGUCUGCCAUGUUGUUCACAUAAUAUUUUGUAAAAAAUUAACUCAAUAUAUUUCACAAAUAGUGCAAAAAGAGUGAAAACAACUUUAAAAGUCCACACUCUGUGUGCGUCGAGGUCGAGCCCUCUCGUGAAUAAAUCCUCUAGCUGGCUUGAGCUGGGGGAAUGUUGUGACGCGGCGAGCGCGCUGUGCUCUGCGAUCGAUUAGCUCGUCUGUGCAGAAGUAGACAGGAACAAGCUAGAUGGAUUGGCAAAGUCGGAACGAGUGUGAUUAAAAAACACAAACAAAAUACAGAAUCAGAAAUACGACAACCUCCAAGCUGUCAAAUUGACUUGACAAGCGGUGCAUCAUUGUCUUCGAUUAAUUUAUUGGGAUAGACAAGGGAUCAAAAGAGUUGGUCUGCAGAUUAUUUGUGAAGAUCUGGAGGAAGAACGAACUGUUGGAUUUGUGACUGCAGGAUUUUAAGAGACCUGAGAUCUCCUAACAUGCAAUAAUACAAUCUGGAGUACACCUGUUGUUUCACAUUGAAUGUUCAAGGGUUGCUUGCACCUGGACGCUUGCGUUUUUGUUUCACUGAAUUACCAAUGCACGGUACACCGUGUUUAACAGGAAUCUGUGCACUUUGGCUUCAAGUUACUCUCCUGUGGAAGCUUCUUCGAAUUUGAUGAACUGGAAGGUUGGAAGUGUUGUUAGAAGUCAAAUCAUAAUUACUUUAAAUUUUUUCGGUAGCCUAACGUGAUAUUGGUUCACCAUCCAUUUAUCAACCAUAUGGGGCGAGAAUUAAAGAUGUCAAGUUUUCAUGGUUUGGUUCACUGAAUCAUCCAAAGUAUGAGCUGUUGAAAGCAAAAGCAAUUCUCAUGACUUUAUAACGUAAAGCACUUCUAGCUAUUGUGAUGUGACAAAUCAGCCCCCCUCCCCUUUUCGCCCUGACGUAGCACCUUCGCUGUUUUGAUGAGGUGAACAUAUUCAGAUCACCACUUUGUGCAAAACAGCUUUGUGUGGUACAAACCCACUCUCCGUUUUUUAUUGCUGUGUGUGUCUUCAGCCGAAAAUGAGUUUGUAAAGGAGCUUCUGAGUGUCAGAGCAGGCACGACGUGCUGCUACCACAAGCAUCCAGAAUAAGAGACUGGACAAUCCAAGACUCAAACAGAGUUUCUUUUCAGAACCCCUUGGAUUUGCUUCAUUUGUAUCCAGACAACCUGAAUGCACGCAGCCAUUGUCGGUGAACUAAGGGUGUCGUGGAGAGUCACUCUGGCAUUACUGAUCAAACACAUCCUCUAUUCUUCCGCAUCUACACGCCACUGAUCAAGAACAACACGUCUCCAUCUCUUCCAUCACCUUAUAAUUUUACCUUGGGCUGCACAAGUUUCACUUCCAUCUCCUCCUUUGCACCAUCCUGGAAACUGGAGUUUGUCUGUGACAGGAGUUGCGGUUGUCCCGAGGCUUCAAAGCCUGUGAAAGAGCGUUGGUUGGGCCCUCUACACAGAUACAGCCAAGGACAGGGCCAUCGAACUACAGAGCCUUUGUCUCUGGGUUCAGGCCAUGAGGUUUGAUGCCUCCAUCCACUGACGGGAGACACUGGACCUAAAUGGCGCAGCAUGACUUUGUUCCUGCCUGGCUUAACUUCUCCACGCCUCAGCCCGCCAAGUCCCCUGCUGCCCCCCUUGAGAAGCAUGGAGAGCACUUUCCCCGCGGAGACAGCCGGCCGGGAGUAAACCGCCGCAGGCACAAUUCUUCCGAUGGCUUUUUCAACAAUGACCCACUAAGAGCACCUGGAGGUGAUGGGUGGCAGCAGCCAUCUCUGUUGAGGCAUGACUCUGUAGACUCUGGUGUUGCGAAGGGGAGUCAGGGGGGAUUGGGAGGUGGACCAGGGUGGAAGGAGACCCCCAGCUGGCAUGGGGCACAGAGGGGCCAGGAAGGUCCUCACCACCACCAUGCUCGGCAUAUCAAACGUGGUGGAGGCGAAAGGGACAGACAAGGGGUUCAUCGACAGCGUAAUGGAAACUUUCAUCCACGCAAAGGUGGCCCAUAUCAGGACAGAUAUUCUGAUGAGGAGCGCAAUGAUGACAAGCUCAAGUUUGUUGAUGAGGAUUUUCCCUCCUUGAACCCAGAGACAACUGGAAAGCCAGCCAGUCAGCCUCGUGCUGUCGGGACUCCGGCAGGAGUAUGGGAGAACCCCCCUAGUGCUAAGCAGGCUAUGUCUAAGAUGCUGGUCAUUAAGAAAGUGUCUAAGGAGGAUCCCAGUGCUGCAUUUUCUGCUGGUUUUGCCAGUGCUGGCUCUCUGCCUGCCAAUGGUUCUAAAGUCUCCAUCCCUGGACCCAGCGUCUACAAGAAUCUGGUCCCCAAACCUGCCACUGCCCCCACCAAGACUGGGCCAUGGAAACCCAAUGGAAGGGAAACUAAAGUGGGUUUGCAUUUCUCUGGACGGGAUUCGGCCUUCACCAGCCCAGUUUCUGUGACCAAACCUCUGACACCUGUCAGUGCACCUGCCCAUGGCACUUCUAAAGAGCCGCCCUCCAGCACUACCCCUCCCAUAGACAUCACCCCCUCACGGCUAAAGCUGAUGCGGCGCAGCACAGACCGUAAGAGUGAGUUCCUGCGUGGGCUAAAGGAUGAGAGAAAUGGGGAUGUGAGUGACUGCCACAGCCCAGGAGCUCCAGCAGAGGUAGAGGGAAGUACCCCAGAACCAAAAGAGUUUGGAGAGAGUCAUGAGAACGGCAUCUCCCACUCUCUCAGUGACUCAGACCCAGAGCACUUGUCCAGCUCUCUGGAGGCGGAACACAGGUUGCUGAAGGCAAUGGGAUGGCAAGAAUACCCAGAAAAUGAUGAUAACUUCCAGCCCCUCACUGAGGAUGAACUCAGAGAGUUUCAAGCUAAAACUGAACAGAUGAAGAAGAUUGGUCUGGGACGUAACGGUGUGCUCUUGAAGCCACGUAGUGUGACCCUGCUAACCUGGAGGACCCCUAACCCUGGCCUGGAAGAGGGCUCUGAGUCUGAGACGAGCAGUAGCAGCCAGACCUCCGAUGAUGAUGAUACCUAAUGUGGCUUUAAACACCCCUCCCACAUUUCCCUUUCUGUCUUUCACUUAAUCUGUCUCCUCCAUCACACCCAUUUGUUUCAAACUAAAAGAAGAAGAGAGAAAAGAUUCUUUUCAUGGACAAGGAACAUCGGUCAUAUCCCAGACGGAGAGAAAAAGAAUUCACUUGUCAGCUCGUAGGCAGUGUCUUUUUGUUUGUUUUUGUUUUUUGUUUUUUUGUUUUCUCCCCUAUCUCUCCUUGUCUGCAUUUUGUUCUUUAUCCUGAACUAGAAAUGUCAAAGAAAGCCACACACACCCUCCACCAGAUCUUUUUUGUUUUUGCUUGGGAAAAAAGACUAAUUCAUAAUAAUAACACCACCAAUUAUAACCGUGAUUUAACGUGAAAUAUGGCAUCAUCUGAAUGUUCUAUAAAAUGGCUUUGACACCUUUCUAAAUUUUUUUUAUUUUUUUUCCUUUUCGCGAAAACAAUUCGUAGCAUUAGUGUUAAGAUGAAACAAUCAUUGUGAGCCGCUGACUGCGACGUUGCUCCCAGUCCCUCAUAGAAAUGAACUCAAGCCAGUCGUCCCUGCAGCAAGGAAGAACUAAAGCAACACUGAAUGGACUGUCACAUGCAAUCUGGCAGCUAGAACAUCAGUCCAUUUCUGGCUCCAGUUCCAGCAAACUGCUCAUUUUCACGCUUUUCAUUCUGCAGAACCAUACUAAUAUACCUGAUUUCAUAUGUCUGCCAAGUGCACAUGUGAGAAAACCUUAAAGGAUGUUUUAAAGUUAGAUUUGAAACCUAGCUUGCGGAAGAGUUUGUCAGGAACUGGUUUUUGAAUAAAAGUAACGUUUGGAUGGAAGGAUCAAUGUUUUAUGUUGCGUUCUGGGAAGCUAGGCGAACAUACAGAUGUUCAGUUCACUGAGGUUGGGUUCUGUUUAGGAAAAAUUGAAGUUCAAAAAUCAUAAACAGGCUGUUUUCUUUCUUGCCCGUAUAUGGUGUAAACCAGUUUUUUCCCCCUUUACCUAAAAGCUGUUUGAUUUAAACCAUAUUAAGAUGCUGAACAUUUCAGAGUUACUCUAUAGAAAGCAUUUUCAUGCUUACAGAAAUAAUGCUGUGGCAAUCAUUUUCAAUAGCUUUACAUUCAUUGCAUGUAGAUUGAUAAGGGGUGUUCAUUAAACACACAAAAGGUCUGAUGAACUUAUUCCCUCACAAAACCCUAAUAAAAUCUACCCAAUGGAAUAGAAAGCAUUAAACAUUAUUGGGCUUAUGUAAUGUUUACAAUGCAGGAAUUGAUCUGAGCUUUCUAUGAUUUGUAAUGACUGUGAACUUUGAGCGAUUCAGAAAGAUGGCUUGCACGCUUUGUUCUGCUUUGUUGUUCUUUAAACAGUUCAUUUGAGGUUCAUUUUGGGCGCCGAGUUCUAUCCCUGCUGCUGGCAGUGAAGUAGAGAUCCAUCUUUAAAAGUUCUUUAUUUCAUGAGGGACUGCUGGUGUAAAUUGUGCAUCUCCUUUUUUGUACCUUGUUUUUGCUGAUAGGGUAUAAAAAUUGCUUUAUCACAGAUUUAAGUUUCUUUUUUAAUUUUGGUACAGCUGUAAAAAUUCCCACAUAGUUUUUUUUUUCUUCUUUUGUUUGCAUUAUAUUGUUUCUGCAGCCUUGAUAUUCAGGGUGGAUUGUAAAAAAUAUAAGAAUAAAAAAUUGUGAGUUUUGGAAGAUUAAGAUUAUUUUGAUAACGUUAUUUACAGAUUUGAGAAGAUAAAAGGUGUCAUGUAUGGGUUUAUCUGUAUGAGACGAAGCAGACAUAAACUACUGCAUAAUAAUGAAAAGAUCGG